CGACAGGUGUUGACUGUUUUGGGCCUUAUACAAUCAAAGUAGGCCGCCGCAAUGAGAAACGGUGGGGGAUCAUAUUUAAAUGUAUGACGACCAGAGGAGUCUACAUUGAUUUACUUCCUAAAAUUGAUACUGAUUCAUUCCUCAUGGCCCUACGCAGAUUCACUGCACGCAGAGGAACUCCCCAUGAACUCUAUUCUGACCAGGGAACCAACUUCAAGGGAGGAGAAAGGGAACUAUCAGAAGCAUUUGCGGCCAUGCAACCCAAUCUGCAAAGUCAGCUUGCAAAGCAGAAAAUUCAGUUCAAAUUCAAUCCCCCUGGAGCUCCUCAUUUUGGUGGACUAUGGGAGAGGGAGAUCAGGUCUCUAAAAUCUGCUCUCAAUGUUACCCUUGGAGCCCAACAUGUAACUGAGGAAGUGCUUAGCACAGUGCUUACAGAGAUCGAAGGCAUGUUAAACUCCAAACCCCUGGGCUACGUGUCAUCGGAUGUAGCAGAUGUUGACCCCAUCACACCAAACAGCCUGUUAUUGGGGCGGCCAGACCCUGAUUUACCCCAAAUUGUAUACCCUGAGUCCGAAUUACUAAGCAGAAAACGCUGGAGACAUAGCCAGGUCCUUGCCGACCAUUUUUGGGCCCACUUCAUCAAGAGAUACUUGCCUGAACUGCAAACUCGUGCAAAGUGGAUUACUGAGACUGGCAAAGAUCUAAAGACCGGGACAGUAGUGAUGAUCGUGGAUCACCAAUUGCCUCGAGCCCUCUGGCCAGUGGGCAAGGUCUCAGCCACAGUACCCGGUGCUGAUGGGAAAAUUAGAACUGCUGAAGUACAAGUGCAGGGUCGGAAAUACAUCCGACCAGUGAGUAAACUUAUCUGUUUGCCACCUCUACCUGAGGAUAACAAAGACUCGUAAGCCUUUUCUAAGUAGAAUUUACAAUGUAAAUUGGGGCGGCUGUUGAAAAGGCUCUAGGUUAAUUCUUAUUGGUGCGUUGUGAAUGAUUGACAGUCGCAACUUAGUCCCGCCCCCAGAGUCUGACGCAACUUAUGUUUCGCUUGAAGGCUGUGGAGGGCUCGCGUGUAUUCAAGCCAUAGAUGAGUGUGCGUAACUUUGAAAAAACCACACUCACACAACCUUAAUGUUCAUGCAAUACCCUGAGUAUGUUGAUGGCUUGAUCCUUCUAUUAAAACUGUGAUUGGACUUUG